AAACUCUGAGCUCUUUUCCUAUAUCAUUCGUUGCCAUGUACUUAGUAUAAACUCUGGACCAAAUCUAACGAAAACUCAGCUCUCCCUCUAACCUUAUCGCUGAGAUGAAUCAAAUCCCGAGAAUGUUGCACUGGACGAAGGCGCGACGAGCUUCGUCAGAUCGCUACUCACCGAGGACUUGCAUCGUUCCUAUUCUAGGACAGGCAGGCAACUUCAACUGGAGUCUUAUAUGGUUUACCGCAAGCCUGAGCCGUGUUGAGGAUCGGUGGUGUAAUGAAUGAAGUAACUGUCAUUUCACCUUAAACAACCAUCCGCAUAACUCGUCCCGACGCGACUGCAUCAAACCAGCAGGGAUAUCUCUGUUGAUCCGCAGCUGAUCAUGCAUGGUUGCUGUUUCCAAGAGCUUGCUCGACCCGAACACGACAAAGGCUACCGCCGGAGUCGCCAACAAGGCCAAGUCUGGGCUUGAUCACGGGAGGCCUAGUCCGUUGUCCUCCCUCACGCCCGAGUGAACGCUGUCCAGACCCAGUCUGUGGGCGAUAUCAAGGACAGUCUCGCCCAUCAUCGGCGCGAUGUACAAUGAAAGCCGUCUAACUACCCCAGGUUUACCCCAAGCUCUCGCGUUCAUCGAGGACUUAUGAGGCCUUCUCCCAUUCCGUCUCACGUCAUGUAGGCUUGAAGCUUACAUUCCCCACAUUUUGAUCCCCCGCGUUCAUUGUCGCGGAACAUCUGGGGCGGUCUGCUUCUUUGCUUUCCUCUAGUUUUUGCAGGCAUCGCCCAAGUACUAUGCAGAUAUUGUUGCGUCCAUAAGAGUCCAUGUCGACUUGUUUCGACCGGCAUAACAUUCUCGUGGUUCCCACCUUAUCAUGUCUUCAUCGCGAAGUUUGGGGUUUGUCCCCGUCUUUUUUUCAACCUUCUGAGUCCCGAGUACACGAAUGACUUCCUUUCUGAUUCCUGAGCCGUGGAAUGUGGGGUGAGAGAUGGAUGACAAUGGACGAUCGAAUGGUGAGACGGCUCGUCAGUAUCGAUUGGACAGCGGAAUCAGAGAUCCCGGGAAAGAAGGGUGUGGUGGAACGUACGCCGUUCCGAAACCUUCCGCGCCCAGUGCGAGCGGUGGCUAGCGGUGUGGCGCUCGCAGCUCGUCCUUUACAUAUGAUCGGCGGCCGUACUCGCUUGCUUUCUGUCAUUUGUUCUCUCGAGAUCAUGAAAAGAAACAUGGACGAGUUGCACGGAGUACCGAGACGGAUGCCCAUGCGACCUUGUGUUUCUACGUCUGUUGUCGAGCCACAACCCUUCUUUCCUAUCCUUUCGGGGCAUAUAGGAGAGAAAUAGGAGGCCAAGCGAUGGUGUUACUCUGGAGGGGCAGAGAUGCGGGGUAAUGGUCUUGCGUUUUCCCCGGAUUAUGAUAGUUCGAUCGCGAUCACGUGAUCACGUUCCACGGUCUUUUGGGCUCUUUUGGGCGGACGAGACGCGACGAGGCCUUUCCGACCCUUCGCGAGUGUGAGCGAGUGGGUGAGCGGGGCGGACUUUCGUGCGUUGGUGGUUAGCGGAGAUUUGUAUUUGGCGGGAAUUGGGUGGGAGAAAGAAUUGGAUUCGGGGGUGGGGGGCCUUCAUUCUGAGAGAGCUCAUUGGGCGUGGUGGAAUUGUUGGCUGUGUCAGUGCGGGGGCCGGGGUUCGACGAGGAAAUGAGGAACUUGGGAGUGAUCGGACCCCGGACUGAAAUUUGUCAUGGGUAUGAAUGAGCAGAUAUAUAUACAACCGCACACUACCCGCGCUACGCCGCACCCCCUCCCUCUCCUCCCUCUUCACUC